GAUGUUAUGCAUCGCCUGCGUGCAUUGCGGUGCAACAUGAUUUCCCUCAGCGAGGUCAAAAAUCAUGAAGGUCGGAUGCAUCAAGUGACUGCGCCUACUCAGUCGCCGCUCAAUGCGUCUUACAUUGCCAAAGGACCAGCAGACGUGAGAGAGGCUAGUGUUGUGGCGCACUCAGACAAGCGUGCCUCAUGGAAUUGGAGUGUAGAGGGACAGAGGGAGCUGACCAUGACGGGGGCAACGACCAUGGCGCCACCGGUGGCGACGGACAAGCAAGUGAUGGCACUGUUCGGGCAUGUCUUGACACCGAUGGCGGGGGGAAAAGCUUUGGGGUUGAAACAGGGCGGUCAACCUCAGGAGAUGGAAGUGGACUCUUCGCGCAAGCGCCCACGCCAGACGCGGCAGUCCCAACCCAAGGGCAAGGGCAGAGGGCGGGGAAAACCCAGGGACAAGGAGGAGGAGCCUUACUCCGAUACUUCGGAGCGAGACCUAGUGUUGGCCCUAGGCAGGAUUGUUCUGCAGCAGGCGGAUCAGCUACAUCGUUUGGAGCUGGACACAGGGUUCUUUCUAGUGUUGGCCACAGCCCCGGCAGCAGGCACAGUCAUUCCAACCAUGUUCGAAGUGGCAGAACUCUGGAGAAAGAAGCAA